UUUAAGAACAAAGUCAAAGGUGACAACAGGAGAGUACAACAACAGGGCCACUUGAAAUGUAUUUGAAAUUGUGCAGAGUUCCUAUUGGUAAGCUGGAUGUUGAGGUGUGUGUAGGUGGCACUGAUCACAUAGCUGGUUGCUAUAAAAGCAGGGUGAUUGCUGUUCAGCAGCCACGGAUCACAUCAUAAACUGACUGACAGCAAAUACAAUCUCUGAAAACUGAUCUGUGUGGCUUGUUGUCCAAACAGGAGCAGAUAUGGGGAAAAGCAACUUUGAACUGGCACUUUGCCUCGUACUCAUUGCUGCCUGUGGCUUACAAGGAAACAUUGAACGUGACACACAAAUUUUUAUUGGGAAAAGGAACUGGACACAAGCAAGACUAUUCUGCCAGACACAUUAUGUUGACUUGGCUACUUUGGAGAUGAUAAAUAUGAAAGUUAUUAUACCAUUUUUGGUCCAAAGGAAUAUCCCAAACACUUGGAUUGGUCUGCUCAGAGAUCCUGAAGAUGACUCAUUCUGGAAGUCUAUAAAUCUAAGAACAGGUGAAGGUGUCUCAGGUGAUGACCUCUCACAUACCAGCAAAUGGGCCUCUGCACAGCAGGACUACUGUGCAGUUGUAGGAGAUGACCUCAUGUGGUACAGUGCACAAUGUUCAAGUAUCAAUAAUGUCUACUGUUCCCGAGGUGAUGUAAUCCAGUAUCACACUGUUAUGCUCAGUUGGUAUGAUGCUGUAAAGUACUGUAUGGAAAACUAUGGUUACCUAGCCACUGUCACCCAGGUAAACUCAGGUGAUGUUGACAAACGGGGCUGGAUUGGACUGUAUCGAGUGGGAGGCAAGACCUGGAACUGGACGGGUAGUUUAGCAUCUAGUUACAGAAACUGGGCACCAGGACAGCCACUCACUGCAGACUGUGGCUCUUUGCAUGCUUUUAUCGGAGGCUGGGUAGGCUAUGCUUGCUCUGAAAAGUUUAACCCUUUUUGUUUUGUUGACAACCUGGUGGUGGUGAAUGAGAACAAGACAUGGGAGGACGCCUUGAUUCACUGCAGAGAGAUGAAAGCAUCAUGUGCUGGCUGUACGUACGACCUCCUGAGCCUGACCGAUGUCUCUCAGUACAACUAUGUCAGAGACAGGAUCUACAGAGCAACCACUGAUGAGGUUUGAGUUUAUUAGUUUUGAAUUAUAGAUGUUCUUCUAAAUGCAUCACUUGUUCAUAGAUUCUGCAUUAAACACCAGAGGAGUUCACGUUCAAGUGGCUUUAGUCUUUCUACUAGUUCAGUGCUUUAAGGCAUAAAUUCCAGGCUGUGCUGUGGAGA